UUAAGGAUUUCUCAUCACUCCAAAUUCCAUUCAAUACUGUGUCUCAAAGUCAACUUUCACAAAAGCAAAUUGGCAGGGGUGGCAGUGGAUCGGGAUUGUUUAGGGCAGUUUGCCGCCGUUCUUCAUUGCAAGGGACAAAACUUAGGUGAAACGAAUCCUGUGUUCUCAUGGAUAUGGACAGCACCAGCACCUUCCAACAUAAAGGCAUUUGCAUGGAGAGUAAUGUUAGGCCGCAUUCAGACUCGGGAUAAUUUGCUGAAGAGACAAGUCAUUCAUACUGCCGCUGAAGCUCUUUGUCCGUUAUGUGGCCGGGUGGAGGAAUCUUGUUCCCAUUUGCUCUUUACGUGCCCCGCUGCCUUGCUGAUAUGGUAUGAUGUUUAUGCCUGGUUGGGUGUGUCCACAGCUCAGAUUCCAGUUGGUGAGGUACACUUACUGCAAUUUGCCUCAAUUGGGAGUAAUAAAUCUCAAAAAUUAGGUGAAGUUGCAAUAUGGCUGACUGUAGUUUGGUCAUUAUGGUGUGUGCGUAAUAGAAUUGUUUUCAGUGGGGGUGAGCUACUUAAAGACCAAAUUCUGGAGCAGGUUCAGCUUAAAUCGUGGCAGUGGUUAACAGCUCGGCGGGUUGAAUUUUCCUACUCUUGGUUUGAGUGGAAAUCGAACCCACGAUUGUGCCUUCUGUCAUUGUGAGGUCUGAACUGUCAUGGUAAUGAGAUUGCUGUUUGUGAGGGGAGUAUAUGCGUUUCUGAUGUCACAGCAACAUGAGCAUUUGAUAUACUAAUGAUGCGUGGAAUACAUUUACACUUGUUGUUCAACUUUUAUUGAUAAUGUGGCAGUGGUAUAUGGCUCAAUGGACUCUUUGCGUGGGAGUAUAUUUUACAUGUGUUGCUAAGUUCAUAUUGAGGAUGGGACAAUGGUUUAUGGCUGAUUGGAUUCCAAGGAUAGUAUUAGGUGCACUGACGCUAUGGGACCUGAGGAUGUGGCUCUGUUCUGGAUCACCAUUAUUGUAUAUGGAUUUUAUUGUAAUUGACAUCUUGGGGUUUCGCUUUGGCUCUUACAAAUGUGUACUCUUUUUCCUUCACCAGGUUUUUCCCAAGGGGGUUUUCCUGGUAAGGUUUUAAUGAGGCACAUUUCUAAGAGCUUUCCCCAAGGUUGUUGGGUUUUUUAUUGUUGUAUCUUUGUAUCUCUUUCUCUUUGUAUUGGGUUGAAGUACCCCUUGUACUUCAUUUCAAUAUAAUUUUUGGCUUAUCAAAAAAAAAAAAAAAAACUGGUGUGGAGAGGUAAGCUUUUAAGUAUUUUUCUUAUUUUUGGAGGUUAUCUUAAUUAGUAGUU